AUGGUUGGCCUAAUACAAAUUGGAACCUGGCAGAAAAUUUCGGAUUUGGGGUCAGGUGCUUUUGGAAUUGUAUCUUUAUGGAAAAAUAAUGAAAAUGAUGAUUGUGUUGCAAUAAAGAGAUGUAAAUUCCAAACAAAUAUCAAUCUGUCUCAGAAACAAAAAGAACGAUGGCUUAAUGAAGUAGAUAUAAUGAAAAUUAUCAAUCAUCCAAACAUAAUAAAAUAUAAACCACUUCCUCCUGAACUGGAAUCUGCUUUGCUCAAACAAAACCCUACCAACCUGCCUCUUAUGCCCAUGGAAUAUUGUAGGAGGGGAAAUUUGAGACACUUUUUAUGCAAACCAAAGAAUAUUUCUGGGUUACAAGAACAAGAUGUUAGGUAUAUUUUGGAAGAUAUUUCCAGUGGUCUUCAAUAUUUACAUAGCCUCAAAAUAACUCACAGAGAUAUAAAGCCAGAUAAUAUAGUGUUACAGCAUUGUGAUAAUCGCUGUGGCAAUACAAUUUACAAAAUAAUUGAUCUGGGCUAUGCCAAAGAGUUACAUGAUAGUAUAGUUAGUUUUGUUGGCACUCUCCACUACCUAGCACCUGAAAUAUUUGAGACUGAACAGUAUAACUAUAGUGUUGACUAUUGGUCAAUGGGUAUACUCACUUUUGAGAUCAUCUGUGGGGUUUUGCCAUAUUUACCACAUAUUCCACCUUUUGAGAGGUUUGGGAAGAUUAGAGACAAAGGUGCAGAUGACAUAUGCAUUUAUCUGAACUAUUCAGGUCAAAUAACUAAUUCAUCUGAGAUAAAGAAAGAACACUUUAUAUCAAGCACUCUCAAGAGCCAUAUAGAGAUUUGGCUAAGACAUGUGUUACAAUUUGAUCAAAAUAGAAGAUGCAAGAAUUUCCCAGGCAAUGUGAAAGUUUUUGAUUAUCUCAGAAAUGUAUUGAAAAAGUCUAUUGUGAGGGUUUUUUCUGUGAGGAAGUUGGAAUUUUAUUCCUAUGAGGUAAAUGAGGGUACCUUAGUGAGUACUUUGAAGGAGUGGAUAUCCAGGGAUAUCAAGAUUCCAAAAAAUGAUCUGAUACUCUUAUUUGAAAAUGGAACUUCCUGCAUGGAAAAUAAAUCUGUUCUAUUAGACAUCCUAGGUGAAGAAACUGAUAUUUAUGUUAUUAGUAAAAAUUACUUGACUGCUGAAAUAAUAUCAUACACUUUUCCUAAACUUAUAAAGGAAGCAAUGAAGUCUGCCCUGAAAUUUAACUUUUCAUAUCUGAGGCAGUUGAGAGCACAAAUGAUUUAUUAUAUAAGUACAGAGAAAACAAUAGCAAAUUACUUCAGAACAAGUUUUUUCUUGUAUUUGCGUUAUCUCAAUAGUUUGGUAAAAGGGCUGAAUAAAAAAAUUAUGUUGACAUCUAAAAGUCUUUCAAAACUGUUAAUGAAAGUGGAAUGCUACAGUAAAAUUAGAGAAAACAAUGGUUGUGAUAUUUACUUCAAUUUGAGUAAUAAAACAGAGUAUAAUGACUGCCUGAACUACCUGCUGAGGUUGACAACAAGCUUAGAAAGAAGCAUUUCUGAUUUUGAUGGACUGACAAAAAACAUCGAAGUGAUAUUCAAGAGGCAGAAAAUUCUGAAACAGCUUCUCCCUGGAGUUACUAAAAUACUGAAUAAAUAUAACUUGGAAGAACAGCUUUCCAGGGCAGUAAUUUUACUAGAGAAAACUGCAGUACCCACCAAAAAUUUUCAGAUUAAUCCAAAAGAUAUGAUUUCCAGCAUAACUACCCUGGUUUCAGAAACAAUUAGAGUCAAAGACACAUUGUUCAAGGAUAAGCACUUCAAGGCAUAUUUGAGUGCCAUGAAGAUUGUUUUGAAUGGUGCUGAUAAUAUAUUGGGCUGGAUGGAGCAAUAUGAUAGUCAUAUCCAAGAAUUGGAGACUGCAUUUGAUCAUGUUGAGAUCAUCCAUCAUAAUAUUCUAAUCAAAGCAGCUGGAAAAGAUGACACCGAUAAACAUCCAUCUGAUGAUAGUUUUGAUAAAGACUUAUUUUGUGAUUUACCUUCAUCAUAUUUGAUUAAAGAAAAUCAUGAGCUGAGAUACAAGUUUGAAGAUGUCCUGUCAGCAAGUAUCUUAGAACAUAAAAUGUUCAUAGAAUCAAUGAAGCCAUACUCUGUGCCCUGA